GCAAACAGUAAUGGCUUCCGAAAUAGAUGAGCAGCUACGGCUGGAAGAUACGCUCAAAACGUUCCGGCAACUUCGCGCCGAUCCGUCGGCAAACAGCAAAACUACGACCAUACCCGGCAGGAAUCCCUUUCGCGCGGAACUGGACAGUGCAAGCGAAACACGCGCAAAAGACCGCCAGUUGAUAAGGAAAAUUUUCGGCAAUCGUUGUGAGUGUGGUGCCGAACGGACACCCAUCACGGCGACCACUGGGCAGCAUUAUGCCAAACAUCAUGGCGCAUCGAUGCAUCUCGAGCACAGCAUCCGGAAUCAGCCCACCUUCAAGCACAAGCAUCGUUCCGAUCGAAAGACGAUCGUACGCGACUCCAUGCUGCGUAACAUCGGCAAAUGUGUGCACCAGAAUCUACGCAAACUGCACGACGGAAAGGUGGCUGGUGCGGGUGGAACUGCGUCCGGUACACUGCUAAAACCAUCCCUCUCGGAGACCAAUCUCACCAAAUGCUUCGGCAACGAGGCUAGUGAUGAUAUGCUUGAUUUUAGGUUACUGAUUACACAGUGCAACGAACUGUCGCUUGUGUCGGGUGGGGCCGGCAGUUCGGUGGGUCCAAGCUCAUACCGGCCGACGGACACGGAGGUGCCUAACUACACGCACAACAGUUUCCGGGCGCUCCGUACGACGGAACUUACCUGGCAGCAGCUUAGCCGAACGACGGUCAACGCAAGGCACAACCGGAAGCGGCAGCUAAAGAAAUCCAACAGUACCUCAUCGCUGGACAGUGACGGCAGCAGUGUGGAGGUGAACUUUAAGGGCAGCGGUACACGCUGCGGUUCCUCGCAGGGUAGCGGGAUUGCGAUCGAUAGCGAUGGAUUGGCCAUGGCUUCACUGUUUCCCGCGCUGCCCUCAGCAGGUGCUGUGUCUGGGGUUGGUAACUCGGCGCUCGUCUCGAAUGGCGGCUCGAAUGCAUCAUCCACUUCCUCGUCAGCUGCAGCGUCCUGUUCGCAGCAGGCACGCCUUAACGCUAUGCCCUGUGAUGUGACGAUCGACGAGAUGGCCAGUUAUUUCGAAACGCUCGUUUACAUCCCGAAGAAAAUGUCCACCAUGGCGGAGAUGAUGUACAUCUAAAGAGGGUAGAAAGGAGG